AGAGUAUAAAUUGGCGGGAAAAUGUUCCAUCAGCAUCAGUUGACGUUCGUCCUCUCCAGUGUUACCAGUGAGAAAUACAUCGCACAAGUCAAGAUGUCUGGAGAUAUGAUGCGUUUCACCAUCGGCGUUGUCUGCCUGGUCGCCGUCAUCCUCUCCCUGGCCGAAGUCAGCGAGGCCAACUAUAAGAAUGCCCCUAUGAACGGCAUCAUGUUCGGCAAACGAGGACCUACCGAAUACGACUCACGCGGCAAAACCUUUACCGCAUUGUGCGAGAUUGCUACUGAGGCAUGCCAGGCGUGGUUCCCAUCACCAGAAAACAAGUGAAUCAACAAUAAUAACCCGUCAAUAGAAGUAUGAUUUCGAUUUUGGACUGUAGUACAAUUUAUCAAACUGUUAGGUAAUUUCAAAUAGAGCAUAGCAACACUUAUGCUUCUGCCAUUGAUUUGUAAAAGUUUACUGUAUAAUUUAUUAUAAAGGCUGGGAAAUUAUGUAGUAAUAAAUGGCUUAACAUAUUUCUGUAUUUUUAUUGACUUACCACCUCUACCAGUUUUAUCCCUACGAAACCGAAUACCGUAAAACUAGGCGCAGAAUGUUUCAAGGCGGAAAGAAGUGUUCUUUUCGGG